AUGGAAUCUAUAAAUCUUUUUAUAGGAAUCUAUCUGUUGGUUGGCUACUCACUGGACGAGGUUGCGAUGUUGAAAGAGACUGUACCAAAGAAUGCACUCGAACGCUCCGGGUUCGUCUCAGAGGACAGUUUCGUUGCGCAUGAUAUUGGAAGUCGUUUACAGAUCGCUCUGGAACGUAUUAUGCCACAGGUCGGUCAGAUCUCGUUGUUCAUAUCCGAACAAGAUCCAUCCAUAUUUUCUGCUCACUGCAAUAUAAUAUUUCAAAUGGAAUGGUUUGGUGUCAAUCGCCUCCUUAAUGAAACGGUAAAACGUUGGCAUACCGGGCAAGCCGAAAAGGUUUGUUCACUAUAUGUGAAGCAGCUAGCCGAUGCGAUAUCGCGCAAUGAAGCGCUACGUUUUCAACUUGUAUUAUCGACCGUGAAGCAAAUUCGUGUUGUCGACCUUUUGCAUGGCCUUCCUGCCAGUGCCAUACGUCUAUCGUCGAGUACCCUUUCUUUUCAACUACCGAUCUUGUUGUUCCUAUUGGGAGGAGUUCAUCGAAUACUUGUGUCAUAA